UCUCAAUCUUUAGUGUUUAUACUCGUUACACUAAUUCUCUUUAAUUUACAUUCAAAACAAGUCAAUGCGUCCUAAUAAAAAAAAAAUCAAACAGUAGGUCUAUAAAGGUAUCUAGAAAACCAGCAAGUAACCAUUUUCAGUAUACUUAACUAGAUCGGCCUGGAUUAGGAACGAUUUGAUCUAAAUUGCUUUUGUAGAACCGUGCUAAUUUCCUUAUCAGAAAAGAAUCCAAAUAACAUUUGCUGUUUGAUCCACGCGAUGAUUCCAGUAAUCCCUCACCAUUAUCAUUCACUAGGAUACUGUAUCAAACUCUUUCAGGUUGCUCUUUAAAUUAAGUUUUAAGGCACAAUUUGAGGAGAUCAGUGAUCCCAUUCCGAUUUCAUAUUAAUUCACUCCAACUGUUAACACGCAGUGAGCUCUUCCCAGCUAUUUGUCCUCGAGGAACCCAGGGUGCCCUUUUGAUCAUUUCAAUCUCUCCUUGGUACAAUAGCUCUGAUUGGCUGAAGGAGUAAGAAGGGGAAAAUCUUUAAUUAAGCAGAUAAUCUCUUGUUGGGAUGAGAGUGGCUCCAUUUCAGAGCCCCCCUUGGCUCACACAUGAGACCCUAGCCUCUGAGUUCUGCAUGUAUGUAAGAUUUAUAGCUUGUUUGUAGGUUAUUUGGCUUUUCAAGGUAAAGUACUAACAGUCCUCUCUCAGGAUGUUCAUACACUUGGACAUUUAUUACUACAUUUUCAUCUUGAUGGUUCACAUGAAAUCUUGCUGCAGCUGGUCAGUGAAUAAUUUCCUGAUGACUGGCCCAAAGGCCUACCUGAUCUAUUCUAGUAGUGUGGCAGCAGGGGCUCAGAGUGGGAUUGAAGAAUGCAAGUAUCAGUUUGCUUGGGACCGCUGGAACUGUCCAGAGCGAGCCCUUCAGCUCUCCACCCAUAGUGGACUUAGGAGUGCAAAUCGGGAGACAGCUUUUGUCCAUGCCAUCAGCUCUGCUGGGGUCAUGUACACUCUUACAAGGAAUUGCAGCCUCGGAGACUUUGACAACUGUGGUUGUGAUGACACCAGAAAUGGUCAACGAGGUGGCCAAGGCUGGUUGUGGGGAGGCUGCAGUGAUAAUGUGGGAUUUGGAGAGGCCAUCUCCAAGCAGUUUGUAGAUGCCCUAGAAACUGGGCAAGAUGCACGAGCUGCCAUGAACCUACACAACAACGAAGCUGGUCGCAAGGCUGUAAAAGGAACCAUGCAGAGGACUUGCAAGUGCCAUGGUGUAUCUGGCAGCUGCACCACCCAGACAUGCUGGCUGCAGUUACCUGAGUUUCGGGAAGUGGGCAACUACUUGAAAGAGAAGUACCUCCGUGCCAUUAAGGUGGAUCUGCUGCGCGGGGCAGGAAACAGUGCAGCUAGCCGAGGCGCCAUCGCCGAGACCUUCAGUUUGAUCUCUCGUAAGGAGUUGGUGCACCUGGAGGACUCUCCUGACUACUGUGUGGAGAACCGCACACUUGGCCUGCCUGGCACUGAAGGGCGCGAGUGCAUAAAGAAAGGCAAAAAUCUGAGCAAGUGGGAGAAGCGCAGCUGCAAGCGUCUGUGCAGUGAGUGUGGCCUUGCUGUGGAGGAGCGCAGGGCAGAGACAGUGUCCAGCUGUAACUGCAAGUUCCACUGGUGCUGCGCUGUGAAGUGCGAGCAGUGUCGCAAGACUGUCACCAAGUACUACUGUGUGAAGAGAGCCAAGCAAGUUAAAAAUGACAGUGCAAGUCAAAAGAAAAGCCUUCGCUUCAGGAAGAAACACUAAAUAAUUCCUGAUGGGUUGCACAUUGUGCAGUGUAAUCUUUUAUUUGGAUUCAAUAGUGAUUUGCAUUAUGACACUACAUUAUCAAAAAACACUGAAACUGAAAAUAUAAUUUUGAAAAAGUGCAUAGAAAUUAAAUUUAUGAAAAAAAAACAUUUCUCUUAAAACAUAUUUCAUACCUUUGAGCAUGGAUUUUAAGACAACACUGAAAGCUAUAUUUAAUUACAAAAUAAGAGAACAUGAGACUGUGAAUAAGGCUUGCUUCAACAGAAAUCUCUCUGUACUCUCUCUAUUAUACAAAUUAAUUUAGUUAAACUAAAUGUUUUAUAUUUUGAAAUUGGGAUAAUUAUAAUGCUCAUUGUCAAUUCUGUAAAUUAAUUGUACAUAAGAUGAAGCACUUUGUAUAUUUUUAAUUUAUUGCAUAUAUGUAGUGGUUAUGUUUGUUAUUAGUACUUUUUGUAUUUCAUCCAGCAUUCUUUUAUAAUUAAAGCUGUGUUAUCUGU